AUGCCUGGUCGGCCGCCGCCGCCGCGGCUUCCCGCCGCAGACGCGUCGACCGGCAUGGCCGCCUCGCAUCGCCACACGGACGAGUACAUGGCGCGCUUCUACGCGGCGCUCAGCCUCGACGCCGCGGACGUCGAUCCGCACGCCCUUGCGCACGAGCCAGCCUUCUCGACUGCGCCAAACGCUCGGCCGCUCGGCAGCGGCGCCCGCUCCACUGGCGUCACCGAUCCUCCCCUCGGCCCGCCCCCUCUGCUUUCCGGCUCCGCCGCCCUGGCGUGGCUGGCUGGCCCCGACCGGCCACCCGUCCGCGCCCACGACGCCUCCGACCGCCCUCUGCUCUGCCUCUCUGUGUCGGGCGACAGCGCCGUGGCCGGAGGCGCCGACCACUCGCUGCACGAAGUCGACCUGUCGGGCUGCGGCCACUCGGACGGGAUCACCUGCGCCGCACACGCCGCUGACGGGCGACGCCUAGCCAAGAUCGGGCCGAGAUUGCAGUAG